UAUGGCCGAGUCCUCGUCAGCCGCCAGUUCUGCCUUCAGCACCGGCAGUGUUUCCCUGCCGCUCAUUGAAUCAGAACUGUACUUCCUCAUAGCUCGCUUCUUGACCACUGGGCCUUGCAGGAGAGCGGCGGAGGCGCUGGUGCAGGAGUUGGAGCAGCACCAGUUACUUCCUAAAAGAUUGGAUUGGAAAGGCAAAAAACACUGUAGAAGUUAUGAAGACUUGGUCUUAUCUAACAAACAUGUGGCUCCAGAUCACUUGCUGCAAAUUUGUAAACGGAUUGGCCCUAUACUGGAUAAGGAGAUUCCACCCAGCAUUCCGAGAGUGAACUCCUUGUUGGGUGCAGGGAGGCAGUCCUUACUGCGCACAGCAAAAGAUAGCAGAAAUGCAGUUUGGAAAAGCUCUUUCAUUGCUGCCCUUUAUAGAGGAAGACCCCCUGAAAUACCCGUUAACUGUGUUCGACAACCAAAUCUUGUGGAAAUAAAUUAUGCAAAACAAUUGACCGGGUGUACAAGAUCCAGUUCUUCAUUUCCAGGAAGCAUGUAUCAGCAUAUAAAGAUGCAUAGGCGAAUACUUGGUCAUCUCUCUGCAGUUUAUUGUGUAGCAUUUGAUAGAACUGGACACAGAAUAUUUACUGGAUCAGACGAUUGCUUGGUGAAGAUUUGGUCAACUCACAAUGGCCGGUUAUUUGCUACGCUUAGAGGACAUUCAGCAGAAAUUUCUGAUAUGGCUGUGAACUAUGAAAACACAAUGAUUGCUGCUGGCAGUUGUGAUAAAAUUAUUAGGGUUUGGUGCCUCAGAACGUGUGCUCCAGUUGCUGUUCUACAAGGACAUACAGGAUCCAUUACAUCUUUACAAUUUAGCCCAUUGGUGAAAGACUCCAUGCGAUACAUGGCAUCCACUGGUGCAGAUGGAACAAUUUGCUUCUGGCAAUGGGAUACCAGUUCUAUGAAAUUCAAUAACCGGCCACUGAAAUUCACAGAAAAGCCUAGACCUGGAGUUCAAAUGCUUUGUUCUUCAUUUAGUGUUGGUGGAAUGUUUUUAGCUACUGGCAGUACCGAUCAUGUUAUCAGACUGUAUUACUUUGGUUCUGAAAUACCUGAAAAAAUCGCAGAGAUGGAAAGCCAUGCGGACAAAGUUGACAGCAUUCAAUUUUCUAACACAGAUGACAGGUUCAUAAGUGGCAGCAGAGAUGGAACAGCCAGGAUAUGGCAAUUCCAGCAAGCUGAAUGGAAGAGCAUUUUGUUGGACAUGUCUGACAAAUUACCUAGUGAUUUGUGUUCAGAAGAAGAGAAAUUUAUGAAGCCAAAGGUGACCAUGAUAGCUUGGAGUCAAAAUGAUAAGUUGGUGGUUACUGCUGUGAACAACCAUCUGCUCAAAGUAUGGAAUUCUUAUACUGGGCAGCUGCUUCAUGAUCUCACGGGUCAUACAGAUGAAGUAUUUGUUUUGGAACCACACCCAUUUGAUUCCAAGAUCAUGCUUUCUGCAGGACAUGAUGGCAAUAUUUUUAUUUGGGAUAUAACAAAAGGCAUCCAAAUGAAACAUUAUUUUAAUAUGAUUGAAGGACAAGGACAUGGUGCUGUAUUUGAUUGCAAGUUUUCAUCAGAUGGGCAGCACUUUGCCUGUACAGAUUCUCAUGGACACCUCUUGAUAUUUGGCUUUGGUUGCAGCAAACCUUAUGAAAAGAUUCCUGAUCAGAUGUUCUUCCACACUGAUUACCGACCACUGAUUCGAGAUUCUAACAAUUAUGUCCUAGAUGAGCAGACUCAACAGGCUCCUCAUCUCAUGCCCCCUCCAUUCUUGGUUGAUGUGGAUGGAAACCCUCAUCCAACAAAAUACCAGCGGUUGGUACUUGGACGAGAGAAUUGUGCAGAUGAGCAUCUGAUUCCUCAACUGGGAUAUGUAGCAACAAGUGAUGGAGAGGUGGUGGAGCAGGUAAUAGGCCAACAAACUGCUGAUCAGGAUGAGCAAGGUCUAGAGCCUAGCCUACUUGAUGGCAUGAUCAGACAGUUACAAAUGCUACAAGACCAAAGAAAUGGCACAGAUCAAGACAUCCUUCCACCUGGGCCACAGAAUGGAGAAGAAACGCCUAGAAGAGUCUAUCGGAUGCUUAGCUCGGAUAUCCAGUCCCCACCUAAUAUUGGUUUGCGGCGUAGUGGGCAAGUUGAAGGUGUGCGCCAGAUGCAUCAGAAUGCUCCAAGGAGUCAGAUUGCCACAGAGAGAGAUCUUCAGGCGUGGAGACGGAGAGUAGUUGUUCCAGAAGUAACAUCAAGCAUAUUCAGAAAUCAAGAAGAAUAUAGGAUUGCGAAAGGUGAAGAAGAGAAGUGGCUGUAUACAACAGAACAAAAAAGGAAGUUACUUCAGUCUUCAGAAAAGAGUGACUCUGAAGAUUCACUGAUACAGUCCAAGAGGAGACUUUAUAGACGUAAAUAUGCAAGAUAUCAAGCGCGGAAUAAUAUUGAGCAGUCUGAUUCUUCUAGUGAAGAAGCCAAUGACUGUUCUGGAUUUAUAGAACAGGAAGCAGAAGAAAGUGAAGGCUUGCCUCUGUCUUCUUAUGAAGAUGAGUGGGAGAGUGACAAGAGAACCAAUAGUAAUAGUUCCAGUAGUGACUCCUCAAGCAGAUAUUCUGACUGGAUAGCUGAUGCAGGGAUUAAUCUACAACCUCCCUUACGAACUUCUCGGCGCAAAACUAUUAGAUACUGUAGUAGUUCUGAAGAGGAGGUAUCAUUGGAACUAUUACCUCCACCAAGGAGGAGGGGAAAAAGACGUAAAAAAUACAAACCAAAAAGGCAUGAGGAGGAAACACAAGAAAAUGCUCCAACCCAGUCAGUGAGCCUAGAAUCGCCCUAUGAUUUUCACCCUCCUGAUUGGAUUACAGACACGAGACUCCGAAGGUCUCCUUUUGUCCCUCAAAUGGGCGAUGAGGUAAUAUAUUUUCGACAAGGUCAUGAAGCUUAUAUUGAAGCAGUAAGAAAAAACAAUAUCUAUGAGUUGAAUCCUCACAAGGAACCAUGGCGAAAGAUGGUUCUUAGGGAACAAGAAUUGGUAAAAAUUGUUGGGAUACAUUAUGAAGUUGGUCCUCCUACACUAUGUUGUCUCAAGCUUACUCUUAUGGAUCAUGUUAGCGGGCAGCUUCUGGACAAAUCCUUUUCUCUCAAAUACCAUGAUAUGCCAGAUGUUAUUGAUUUCCUUGUAUUACGUCAGUUCUACGAUGAAGCACGACAAAGAAACUGGCAGCCUGAUGACCACUUUCGUUCAAUUAUCGAUGAUGCUUGGUGGUUUGGAAUUGUUUUGAGCCAAGAACCAUAUCAACCACAAUAUCCAGACAGCCCGUUUCAGUGCUACAGUGUUAAGUGGGACAAUGGUGAAACAGAACGACUUAGUCCAUGGGAUAUGGAACCAGUUCCUGAGAAUGUUGAUCAGCCUAAAGAAUUAGGAGCCAGUGUUUCUGUGACUACAGAAGAAAUGGCAAAACUAUUGUACAUGCCUCAGAAAGGGGAGUGGCAGGGAAAACCCCAAAGUGAAGAAUGUGAACGGAUUAUUCAUGGAAUCGAUCAACUUUUGAAACUUGAUAUUUCAGCAGCAUUUGCUGGUCCAGUUGAUCUGAAUACAUAUCCAAAGUACAGUACAGUAGUAGCUUAUCCAACAGACCUUUGGACUAUUCGGACAAGACUAGUCAACCAGUUUUACAGGAGGAUCUCUGCAUUGAUUUGGGAAGUAAGGUGUAUUGAGAGCAAUGCCAGGACCUUUAAUGAGCCCAACAGUGCCAUCACUAGGUCUGCUCAGAAGAUCACAGAUCAUCUCUUAGAAUUCAUACAGAAUCCUAAUUCUAUGGAUAUUUUUGAGCUGUGCAUUGCAACAAACAAUGAGGAUAGCACUGAUGCUGAUGAUCUGGACGAUGAAGAGACAUAUAUACCAAGAGCACCUUCCAGAAAAAGAUGGGCUUUGAAGAAGACAAUGGUGAAACCCAGCUAUGAUGAAAAUAGUUGGAAGAAGCAAUGUAUGGAACUUGUAAAUUUAAUUUUCCAAUGUGAGGAUUCUGAGCCAUUUAGACAACCUGUUGACCUGGAUCAGUACCCUGAUUACAGAGAGAUCAUAGACACACCAAUGGAUUUGGGCACAGUGAAAGAGACAUUAGAAGCUGGAAAUUACGAUACUCCAAUGGAAUUGGGCAAAGAUAUCAGAUUAAUAUUUAGCAAUGCUAAAUCAUAUACCCCAAACAAAAGGUCCAAGAUAUAUAGUAUGACAUUGAGGUUAUCUGCAUUGUUUGAAGAAAAAAUAAGAAGAAUCAUCUCUGACUUUAGAACUGGCCAAAAACACAAUGAAAGAUUGCAAAGAAGUCAGAAAUACUGUAGGAGGAGGCGAAGUCAGAGUAAAUCUGUAUGGUACUCUAUCAAAACACUCAGAAGUACAAAGCAGAAGCAAAGUAAAUCUCAUUCAAGAAGCCAGUCGGAGGCAGAAGACUCUUCUAACCAGCAAGUCUCAAGCAGAGGGUUAUGUGUCACAAGCCAUAAAAUGAAUACUAGCAGCUCAUGCCACAGCAUUCCUGGCAUAUCUUCUGACUCUACCUCUGCAUUGUCCUUUGGGAAAAAUGGACGAACAAGAAGUACAGCCAAAGCUCACAGUUCCACAUUGUCAUCAGAAAGUGAAUUAGACCAUUCUACAGCUACUUCAUCUUCAAGCAGUUCAGAGGAAAGCAAAGAAAGUUCUGCAGAGCUCUCCUCUCCUAUGUUACGUAAUGGAAUAUCUGGGAAAAAGAAUAACAACUUCAGAGUUACUAGGAACAGAGUAUAUCAGCAGAAACAAAUGGAUUCUCAGGAGACUGGAAAUCUCCAAAGAACUACUAGGAGAAGAAUAUACAAAAAAGACACUGAGUGUUCCACAGAGCCUUGUGAAGCUUUGAGCAACAGACAUCGAAGGCACAGAAAAAUUCCACGCAGGAGUGCUACUGUGGCAGCUAAUAAACUAAGACUGAUGAGUGAUGUAGAAGAGGAGCAGUCUAGCUCAGAAAGUAUUAGUAUUGGAAACAAAAACAGAAAACUGCCUCAUCGCAGUGCUUCUGCUGCAGCGAGAAAAGUGUUGCUAAAUGUUUCUUACAGUUCCAUACAGAGUGAAAGUGAUAAGGAAGAAGAACAAUAUAGCCGAAGGAAAACCUUUGAAGCUGAUUCUGCUAGUGGUGCUGUUAAAAAAAGGCAUAUCAGUGAAUCUGAAAGUGAGAGUUCAAAUUCUGAAAGCGGCAUGCAAAAAAAAUUAAAGAGCUGUCACAUUAAUGGCCAUAAGCAGUCACACAGAGCUGACUGCAAUGCAUCUAAAAUAAAGCCCACUGUAGAAUUUUCAGAAGACGACUCUAAAAAUCAGACUUCAGAAGAUGAGAGUGUUCAACAAACUUUUGAUCAUUCUACACCCAAAAGGAGGAGCAAUUCUGAGGCAGAUUCUGAAUCAGACAAAUGCAGUGGCUUACCAAAACAGACUCUUAAAAAGGCACCAACUCGCUGCAGGAAAGCAAAAGUUUUAAGUGACUCAGAGGAAACGGCAGAGUCUGAGGGAGAGGAUGAGAAAUUUACUCUUUUAGAGAGCAAAGGAGCUGAAACGUUAAGACAAUUAGAUGAUGGUGUCAAGUGCUCAUCUAAAUUUGAAUCUGAAACAGACUCUGAUAACAGCAGCAGUGCAUCAAAAAGGCAGAAAAGGAAAGCUGUCAGGAAAGAAUAUGUCAUCCAGCAGAAUGGACAUAAUAGAAAAUCUGCCAGAAAAAGACCACAUGAAAGUGAUUCUCAGAAAGGAGGCUAUAAAAUACAAAAUAGUGAGCAUCAUAGUUGGAAAAGAUUACCACACAGAAAUCCUACUGUGACAGUUACUAAAUUGAGGCUCUUGAAUGAAGUGCAGGACCUUUCAAACUGGGAAGCGUCUGGGAGUAAGAAUGGAGGACUUCCCAAUCAGUAUGUCGCUUCUACAGCUAAAAAAAUGUCUGAUAGUUCAGGGGAUGGAGGUCAACAGUCUGAUGAACAAAUAACUAGGCGCAACAACAGAAGAAAGCUCUCUGUAGCUGCUUCGACUGCUGUUUCUGAUAUACAGAGAUAUAAUAGUGAAUCUGAAAAUAGUUCAGAUUCCGAAAGUACUAGAAGAAAGAACAGAAAUGCUAAAACCCAUAAAUAUCAGCACAGAACUGUGUGUGAUGAAUCUCUUAAAAUAAAACCCAGGAUGGAAUUUUCAGAGAGAAACUCCAAAAGCCAUGUGUCGAAGGAUAGUAGUUUUUCCCACCUCUUGGCUUAUACACAUACACAGAAUGCUAUAAAUAGUUCUGAAUCUGAAGUAGACACUGAGUUAGACAAAUGCAAUGAAAGCAUUGAGAAGCAGCAGAACCAUAAAAAGACCCCAGCUUCUUCCAGUAAAUCAAAAAUGAAAAAUCACAUCAAAGCAACAACAGAAUCUGAUGUAGAACAUAAAGGAGAUGGAAUAGGCUCUCUGCAAGACAGCAACAGACCUUCAAGAAGAUUAAAAUCUGGAGGCACAGCACACUCAGAAACUGCAUCCGACUCAGAUAGUAGCACCUACAAUGAUGCCCCCAAACAAAAACAUGUGAAAAAGAAGGGGGACGUGGAAAACUUUAAGAAAGUAUCAGCUUUUAAAGGAAUAAAGCAAAGUCCAGUAGUACUCAGGAAUAGGAAAAGCUUCCAAAAAUAUGUGGAAUCAAAUCGUGAACCAAUGAAUAUCAGUGUUGUGAAUGGGAAAAAAAAUCCACGCCGUAGUGCUGCUGUGGCUGCUAGUAAAAUUAAGCUCAUUAGUGAUACUAAGGAAAACAUCUCAGGUCCAGAAUUUGAUAAUGCUAAAAACACAGCCCGAAGACUUCCAUACCGCAGUGUGUCUGCUGCAGCCAGAAAGCUGAUACUGGAUAUUCUGCCUUCCCCCUCUGAAAGUGAAACAGAACCAAAGGAACGUGAGAUGAAGAAAAAACAAUUUCAGACCAGUUCUUGCAUAGCUAGAAAAUCUAUUGAAGAACCAAAUAUGAAAAAUUUGGACUGUAAAAAAGAGCAUGUAGUAAAUCAAAAGAGCAGGAAAAACAGUAGCUCAAGACAGCAAUCUCUCAGAACUGUGAGUAGUAUGUCUCCUAAAAGGAAAAAGUUUGCAAAACCUUUGGAAGAAGGAUCAUCCAAUAGUCUUUCAUUUGAAAAUCAGAGAAACUUAAGUCAAUCAACAUCUGCAGAUAACCAUAACAUAGCAAGCAGUUCUCCAGCAGAUUCUGAAUCUGAAAAAACGUAUGGUGGUAAAAAUGUAAAAAGCAUAACAAAGGCUGUGAAAGAAAAGCAAAAGCAAAGAGGUAGUUCUUUGUUAAAAAUCAGGAAACCCAGAACUUUGAGAAGCUCAAAAUCUGAACCUGAUGGCUGUUCCAAUUCCUCAUCUGAUUCAGAAUCUAAGGACAUUGACGAUAGCAAGGAGGGAACAACAGAAAAGAGGAAAAGGAAAGCCACUGCUAUAGCUAAAAACAUAAGUGAUGGUAUCUCUGAACCUUCCAGGGCAUACCAGAGAAGGAAUAACAUAGCAAGCAGUUCUCCAGCAGAUUCUGAAUCUGAAAAAGGGUAUGGUGGUAAAAAUGUAAAGAGCAUAACAAAGGCUGUGAAAGAAAAGCAAAAGCAAAGAGGUAGUUCUUUGUUAAAAAUCAGGAAACCCAGAACUUUGAGAAGCUCAAAAUCUGAACCUGAUGGCUGUUCCAAUUACUCAUCUGAUUCGGAAUUUCAAACAGAAUCUAAGGACAUUGACGAUAGCAAGGAGGGAACAACAGAAAAGAGGAAAAGGAAAGCCACUGGUAUAGCUAAAAACAUAAGUGAUGGUAUCUCUGAACCUUCCAGGGCAUACCAGAGAAGGAAGCGGCCAAAAGUGAAUGAAGAAAAUGAUUCUGAAGAACUGGAUUAUGCAAAGUAUAAAAGAGUGAAUCGACGUUCCAAAAUAAGAACUAGAAAUGGAGGCAGGAGGACUGUAAGAUAUGCAGAUGAUGAAGAUGAUUGUGACAUGUAA